AUGGAUGUUGAAAAUCGGAAAAACUUUUCACCGGAUAACGCCGAAUAUGGCCCCUGGAUGGUUGUCUCACGGCGGAGGCCGCCAAAAUCCCAAGGCACAUCAACGGUCGAAAAAGGAGACAACUCAAAAUCCAAGCCCAUUCCUCCAAAGCUGGGCCACAACGGUCAUCAGGAGCCCAACAAGAAAAAGUCUAAACUCAAAGACCAAACCAAUUCUCUCAAUCAGGUCAUUCAUGCCCAAGCCCCUCCUAAUAGCCGUUACUCUAAGCUUAACGGCGUUGUGGAUGAAAAAUCUUCCCCUCCCCAGAAAGAAUCUAAUUGCCAUCACCCUGCUAAAAAGAGCUCGGAGCUCAAGACCCCUCCUAUCAGUCUUGAUUUGACCCAGUGCAAUUCUUUGUCCAACAGUCACGAACCGAUAAGUUAUCAGGUUCCCAUGGUCACCAUGGUAUCUGAAGGCACCCACACCCAAUCAAACCAAAUUCCAAAAACCCAACCUGUUAAUGUCAAAGGUCUUCCUUCCGCCCCCACCCCCAAGCCUAAUGGACGACCUCCUCUUUUACUUCAAGCUCUCGGACAAGAUCAUCUCCAUGAAAGAGGCAGUGAACAUCCUCCUGGAACAGAACCCCUCUCACCAAGAGAACAUCAGUUUUCCCCUCUCUCUGGCUUGGAGAAGCAUGAUAGCAGCCCCUCCAGGAGUAGAUCCGGAACAAUUUCUCCACCUCCUUCAAGACCAAAUGGUUCACGAACCGAGGAAUCCACCACUGAACGAGGAAGUGAAAGAUCAAAUGUUGAAGUAGCUCGUUCUUCAAGAGUUCGUAGAGGCAAAGCAGAGCGUGUUGACAGAAGUCGAAGCCCCCUCCGAUUCUCCUUGGGAGAUCACCAAACUGAGAAGAGUCAUCUUCAACAGCGAGAUCCCGUUUCACAAGACCAUUCUGAUACCCAGGUUGAGGACAGAUCUUGGAAAGCUUUUAAAUUCACGAGAAGAGGCCCCCGUCUUUCUCACCUCUUCUUUGCGGACGACCUCAUCCUUCUCGCCACUGCUACCACUGAUAACUGUCAGGUUAUCAAUGAGGUCCUCUCCCACUUCUGUGAAUGUUCUGGGCAAAAGAUUAACCUUCAGAAGUCUAAAGUCUUCUUCUCCAAAAAUACUCCUGUCGAUGUUAGGCAAAACAUCUCUACCUCUAUUAAUAUCCCUGUAACGGAUAGCAUUGACAAGUAUCUUGGUUUUCCCAUCCUGGAUAAGAAACCCAAGAAAGCUCACUGCAAACUCAUUGUUGAUAAGAUCAACGCCAAGCUGGCUGGCUGGAAGGCCAAACUUCUCAGCCCUGCUGAUAGAAAGGUCCUUAUCAGUUCCAGCCUUACUGCCACUGCUAGCUAUUAUAUGCAAGGUAUGCUCCUGCCAGCCUCCUCUCUUAAUGCUAUUGACAGAGCCUGUCGUAACUUUUUAUGGGGAAGCUCGGAUAAUAACAAAAAGAUGCAUAAUGUCAAGUGGGAGUUGGUUACCUGCCACAAACAAUGUGGGGGUCUUGGUCUUAAAGCUGUUAGAAAUCUCAAUGAAGCAUUCAUGGCUAAACUAGGAUGGGUUGUUCUGAAAAAAGAUUCUGCCUUGUGGUGUCAACUCCUCAGAACCAAGGACUUCUUCUAUGGUCCUCUUCCUGUCCAUGAGAUUAACAUGCCGGUUGCUCAGGUUCUUUCCAAUGAUGGGGAUUGGGUUCUCUCCUCUAUCUCCUUUAAUCUCCCUGACUUUCUUUCUAAUUCCAUUCUUGCCAUUCCCAUAUCCAAAUUCAACAAUAGUGAAGAUACCCUCUCUUGGAAUAAUUCAAAAGAUGGUAAUUUCACUAUUGCUCAAGCUUAUGAUAUUUCUAAAGGCAAUCCUCAACCUUGCCCUGCUGACUGGAGUUGGAUCUGGAAAACCCCUGUUUUUCCCAAGGUGCAGCACUUUCUUUGGCUUGCUCAUCAUGGUAAACUGAUGACUAAGGCCAGACUUUUUCAUCCGGGCAUCUCCUUAUCUGACAUUUGCCCUGUGUGUAAUCAAGUCACCGAGACUUCUGAUCACAUCUUCAGAGAUUGUGAGUUUAUUUCCCAGUUUUGGGAUCGAUUUUCUCCUAUCAAACCUGGUGAUUCCAACCCCAGACUCUGUUUCAAAGAUUGGAUUAGGGACAACUGUUCUAAUUCUACACCUUCUGGCUUCCAUAAUAUUCCUUGGAAUAUUAUUUUUCCCCUUGUUCUUUGGGACAUUUGGAAAAAUAGAAAUAAGAGGAUCUUUGAACCUGAUUCUGUCCUCACUCUUUCGAUUGAUCACAUCCUCCAUUCUGCUGUUGAAAUUUUUGCUGCUAGGAAGAUGGCUCGUGGCGAAGCUGGGAGUUCUGGCAGUCAGGCACGUGAUGCGGGCGUGUCUUUCCCCAGACUUGUUAGGACUAAUUGUACUGUCUCUAAUUUUGUUGGGCUUAAUGCCUCUGAUGCUGUUGGGUUUAAUGCCCCUGAUGCAACUGGGCUUAAUGCUCAGCAUGUUGUGAACUCGUUCUAA